GGAAGGUCAAGAUGGCAAAACUCCUGCCGCUGAUUCUUGCCGGAAUUUUGACCACGGUGCUCCAUGAAGCCCAGGCGAGCCUGCCUACAGGCCCUGCUGUUGAUGUGCUUGUGACCCCCAAAGGCCCCAUGGCAGCCUGCAAGAAAACCAAAAGGUCGGUCGUGUUCCAGUCCAUCAUGUCUAAGAAGGGAAUCAUGUAUAACCGCGCAUACACUUACCCGGCGAUAUUGAAAUGCUUCACAAGCUCCCAGCCGAGCGCGGCCACCUUCAGGGACUGCGUCAACGCAGCCGCAGUAGCCGGACACUCCACCCUGUCCUUCGAUGGUACCACCUGCCUCACCUACAACGCAACAGUACCGAGUCAUGCAUGUGCCGACCAGAAGGCGGCAGCCGCAAACUACAUAGCCAUCUACCAAGCCAACCCUCCUCUGGUCAAGCCAAAUUUCGGAAAUUUCAAAGUGUUGACGAUGGCUGCGACCCUGACGGCGAGUACGAAUAACAACUUCGACGUGACGUGGACUGCAAACGAUGGUGGCUGCAACUACCCCGGCCUCAUCGUCAGCUUCUCCGGCCAGGAGAAGUACGUCGAAACCACUUCGUCCCAGACGACGAUAGAGAACGUCCCAGGGUGCAGCGCAAACGUCACCGUCUCCUUCGGUCUCCCCACCGGAGAGAAGUUCGGUACCACCGCCCAGACGGUGGUGACUCCCAUACCAGAACCACAAGAGUACUGGCCGUUCAAUUACGUGCCAGGAUUCACAAUGGAAGCCAAGUUCUUCCCGAACAAAACGAUCAUCGUAUCUUACGACGCUUCCCCUGGCUGCGGUAGCUUCACCAAGUUCACCAUUGAGAUUGGCAUCUGGUACAUGGACAUAUCUCGCCCUAAUCCGGAGCUUGACUUCCCCAUAUCUGAACCAAAAGGCAUCAUCGAGAUUGGAACGGCGGACGUGCCUGAUAUUUGCCUGACUUUCGGGCUCAAAAUAACGUACUUCCAGACGACGGGCGGUGUAAAUUACACGGAUUACAAUUUUUUCGAUUUCAGUUUACCUCUCAACGGCCUUGAUGAUGAAAGCCUGUACUCCUACGAAGUGAAUGGGACGGAUGUCGUCUUCCACUGGCCUACUAACUUGACAGCUUACGACGUCUGUGGCGUCCUACCCGGUACCACUCUGGCAAUCAAGAAAGCGUUCGGUGUCGGCAACACUUUCACGGCGCCAAUAUCUGCUGGCAACAUCACACUCACCAACCUGGCAUCUUCGCUGUCAACAUAUGUCUAUGUGAUGGAUGCUAGCUUAGGCGUUAUUCUGGCAGAAGUCUGGAUUAAAAAAGUGGUUACUGGUGUUUAAGCGGUUCACUGCUGUCGUUCAAGAGCGGUUCUCUGCAGCGGUUCAUCACGAUCUACACCCAAUGGAACCCUGCAUGCCAAGCCCAUUACAGUUUCUAAUCAGGAACUGAAGGAAGAUGAGAACCCGCUUAGUUAAAUAAAUAUUAUUGGUGCAGAA